AUGUCUAUUGAACACACAAAGAAGACCUACACCCUCAACACCGGUGACAAGAUCCCCGCCAUUGGUCUUGGUACAUGGCAAUCCAAGCCGAACGAGGUCAGGGAGGCUGUCAAGAAUGCUUUGCUGAGGGGCUACCGUCACAUUGAUACUGCCCUUGCGUACGGCAACGAAGCUGAGGUUGGACAAGGUAUCAAGGACUCUGGAGUUCCUCGUGAGGAGAUCUGGGUUACUACCAAGCUCGACAACACCUGGCACCACCGCGUCCAAGACGGCAUCAACAGCUCUCUCAAGGACCUUGGCCUCGACUACGUCGACCUUUACCUUGUGCACUGGCCCAGCUCGACUGACCCUAAUGACCUGAAGAAGCACCUUCCCGACUGGGACUUCAUCAAGACAUGGCAAGAGAUGCAGAAGCUCCCUGAGACCGGCAAGGUCCGCAACAUUGGUGUCUCGAACUUCGGUAUCAAGAACCUAGAGAAGCUCCUAAACGACCCCAGCACCAAGAUUGUUCCCGCUGUCAACCAGAUCGAAUUGCACCCCAACAACCCAUCGCCCAAGCUCGUUGCCUACAACUCCUCCAAGGGCAUCCACUCCACCGGCUACUCCUGCCUGGGAUCCACCAACUCUCCUCUCUACAAAGACCCUACCCUCCUCAAGCUGGCUGAGAAGAAGGGUAAGACUCCCCAGCAGGUGCUGCUCGUUUGGGGUAUCCAGAAGGGCUGGAGUGUCAUUCCCAAGUCUGUCAGCAAGUCCCGCAUUGACGCGAAUUUCGACAUUGACGGCUGGAGCUUGACCGACGAGGAGGUCAACCAACUAGACAACUUGAAGGACCGCUUCAAGGUCUGUGGUGAUGACUGGCUUCCCGUCAAGGUCUUCUUCGGUGAUGACGAAUGA